AUGGAGAGAAGAAAUGAUAGAGGAAAGGAGAUUAUGAAGGAGGAAUGUAUUCCUGAAGACUCGAAAAAGAAGAAUAUGAAGGAUAAAGAUUUUGUGGUAAAUCUUCCUCAAGAACUGACACAUGAUAUUCUAGCGAGGACUCCGGCCAAGUCCGUGGUCAGGCUAGCCGCAGUCUCAAAAGGCUGGCGUGACAUGAUGGCCACUAAACAGUUCGUAAGUGAUGUCUUGUCUCAUUCGGUGGAAAAACCUCGUUUACAAUUCACGUCCGUCCGAAGAAUGGGUCCUGUUGGUAGAAAGACAACCACAUGGCAGCGAUGGUUCCAUUCUGUGCCUCAAGAGCCGCCAGAGCUGUGGAGCCAAAAACAAAACCAGGUGGAAAUGCCGUCGCUGGAUAUCGGUUCUGCAACAAACCAUAUCGCUCCACCGGUUAUGGGUUCAAUUUGUCGCUACAACAGCUCGAGCGUCGUAGUUGGCAAUCCACGUUGCUCGAAGUUCACGGAGCUUCCGAAGGUUAACUCAUCGGAGAGAGUACAAGCACGCGUGGCAUGUGCUCUCGGGUUCGACGCGAAAAGGCUCGAGUACAAGGUGGUUUUGAUGAUCUGGAAUCCUACUGGUACAGUUCCUGGAGAAUCGCAUAUUCUGACGCUGGAGUGCGUGUUUCCCCAUUUCCCUCUAAGCAGCGCAAUCUGCUUAGAGGGAUUAAUCUUCUAUGUAGCAAGGUCCAUAACCGGUCAGACCUGUAUUGGUACUCUACGUCCCGGUAUGGUCGUCUUCGCUCCCACCCUUCUCCAUGGCGGUACGCUCCAUGUUUUGGUUUACGAUGUCCGCCGGAAAAAGUUGGACAAGGUUCAAAUCGACGGCACUUUUUACGACGGAGGUGUUGACUGCUUCCUCAACCACGUGGACACUCCGGCGCUCUUUAUCUAG